UUCACCAACCCCUCCACCUUCAUCCUGCUGGGCAUCCCUGGCCUGGAGAUAGCUCAUGUCUGGAUCUCCAUCCCCUUCUGUGCCAUGUAUGUCAUAACCAUUUUGGGGAACUUCACCAUCCUGUUCAUUGUGAAGCGGGAGCCGAGCCUCCAUGAGCCCAUGUACUAUUUCCUCUGCAUGCUGACCAUCAUUGCCCUGGUCCUGUCUACAUCCAUCCUGCCAAAAACACUGAGCAUCUUCUGGUUCAAUUCCAGGGAGAUAAAUUUCACAGCUUGUCUCACCCAGAUGUACUUCAUGCAUUGCUUCACAGGGAUGGGGUCUGGGAUCUUUGUGACCAUGGCUUAUGAUCGCUAUGUGGCCAUCUGUGAUCCCCUGAGACAUUCCACCAUCCUGACAAACCGGGUGGUGGUCAAGCUUGGCCUGGCUGUGGUGCUGCGCAGCAUAAUACUCAUUCUGCCCCAUCCCUUGCUGGCAAGGCAGUGGCCAUAUUGCAGAACCAACAUCAUCCCCCACUCGUAUUGCGAGUACAUGGCCGUGGUGAAGCUGGCUUGUGCUGACAUCCGUGUCGGUAGUUACUAUGGCCUCUCUGUGGCACUCCUGCUGGCUGGUUUGGAUGUGUUUUUUAUCGCUGUGUCCUACACCCAGAUCCUCAGGGCCAUCUUCAGCCUCUCCACCAAGGACACCCGGCUCAAGACUUUUGAGACCUUCAGCUCCCACCUCUGUGUCAUUUUAACUUCUUAUAUCCCUGCUCUCUUCUCCUUCCUAACACACAGAUUUGGCCAAAAUGUGCCUCUGUAUUUCCAUGUUCUUGUCGCCAACGUGUACAUCCUGGUGCCCCCCAUGCUAAACCCCAUCAUCUAUGGCAUGAGGACCAAACAGAUCCGGGACAGGCUGCUCCAUCUCUUUACUGAUAAAGGCAACUAAAGUAUUCUCCUUAUCAUGGGAUAUCAGACUGAUCCCCACAGAGAG